AUGCGAAAUAAAUUAUUCUUAAUUAAUCGUCGUGCUUUAAGCUAUUUAAACAGUUUUAAAAGUGGUUAUAUCAAACCGGAAUUGGGUGAUAAUAAGCCAACGCAUAUUAUCAUUGGUGCGGGAUCAGCUGGAUGUGUUUUGGCGAGUCGUCUCACAGAAAAUUUAUCGAAUCGUGUUUUACUAAUAGAAGCUGGACCUCGAGAUUGGUGGUGGAACUGGAAGAUUCAUAUGCCUGCUGCUCUAAUGUAUAAUUUAUGUAACGAUAAAUAUAAUUGGUUUUAUCACACAACAGCUCAAAAAAAUAUGAAUUCUCGCGUAAUAUAUUGGCCUCGUGGACGUGUUUGGGGCGGUUCGUCGACGCUAAAUGCUAUGGUUUAUAUUCGUGGUCAUCCAUUUGAUUAUGACCGUUGGCAUGAAGAAGGUGCUGAAAAUUGGUCUUAUAAAUAUGUUCUUCCGUAUUUCAAGAAAUCUGAAACAUUUCAAUUUGCUAAAGCGGAUGAUCCAUAUCGCGGUAACUCUGGGCCAUUACAAGUUACGGUCGGUGAAUGCAAGCAUCCAUUGCACCAAGCCUUCAUUGAAGCUGGUAGACAGAUGGGUCUUGGUAUCACGAAUGAUAUGAAUGGAUAUAAACAAGAGGGUACAGCUCCAAUGGAUAUGACUAUUUAUAAAGGUGUUCGUUGGAGUUCUUCCAAAGCAUAUUUAUGGCCUAUUCUCAAUCGUCCGAAUUUAUAUAUCUCAUCAGGAAUUACAUGUACGCGCAUACUUUUCCAUGGUAAUAAGGCUAUCGGCAUCGAAUAUAUUGCUAAGACAAAUUUUAUGCAAUCUGAUAACAUCGAUUCGUAUAGUCGCGAUAAAAUAUACUGUGAGGAUUCUGUGAUUUUAGCUGCUGGUGCAAUUAACUCUCCACAGCUUUUGAUGAUUAGCGGCAUAGGUCCUGCUGAUCAUCUCCGAGCCCACAACAUUCCUGUUAAAUUGCAUUUACCUGGAGUGGGCCAGAAUCUUCAAGACCACUUAGAAGUCUACGUGCAGCAGGAAUGCCUGAAACCAAUUACGUUAUAUAAUCAAAGUUCAUGGAAAUUCCCUCAUAAUAUGGUACGAGUGGGUCUCGAGUGGUUUUUGUCGCAAACAGGUAUUGGCGCGAGUAGUCAUCUUGAAUCUGGUGGAUUCGUUAGAAGCAGCAAUGAGGUAAAGCAUCCUGACAUUCAGCUUCAUUUCUUACCUUCUACUGUUCAUAACGAUGGUCGUACUGCUGGAUCUUGUCAUGCAUACCAGAUUCAUGUUGGUCCAUUGCGAUCUAAAUCGAAAGGUCAUAUAUUGCUUGCUUCUCCUGACCCAAGGCGGCAUCCUCUUUUAAACCCCAAAUAUUUGAAUCACGAAGAAGAUUUCGUAGAAUUUAGAAAAGCGAUUCGAAUAUCCAGAGAAUUAUUUGCACAAAAAUGUUUUGACGAGUAUCGUGGUGAUGAACUUGCACCAGGUCGGGAUUGCCAGUCUGAUAAAGAGAUUGAUGAGUUCGUUCGAUGUAUGGCUGCAUCAGCUUAUCACCCGUCGUGCACUUGUAAAAUGGGAAGUGAAUCCGACAAAUUGGCUGUGGUAAAUCCAAAAACAAUGGGAAUUUAUGGACUUGAAGAUAUUUAUAUAGCUGAUGCAUCUGUCAUGCCAUCUGUUAUCAGUGGUAAUAUAAAUGCUUCGACGAUUAUGAUAGCAGAAAGGGCUGCAGAUCUAAUCCAAGAUUAUCAAAUAGUCCCCGUUUGGACUCAUUAA